AUGGUUCAAUUCCUGUCACUUGCCCUGAUGGCAGGCUUGAGCGCGGUCGCAUCGGCUAUUCCUACCAUCGAGGUCAAGGGCUCCAAGUUCUUCACGAGCGAGGGCAACCAAUUCUUCGUCAAGGGUAUUGCGUACCAACUCGUUCCCGACGACCCUCUUAUCGACGCGACACAAUGUGGUCUCGACUCCGCACUUAUGAAGACCAUUGGGGCCAACUCGAUCCGUGUCUACCAUGUGGACCCCGAUGCGGACCACACCGAUUGCAUGAAGACAUUCGCGGACGCUGGAAUUUAUAUCUGGGUCGACCUCGAUACCUUCGAUACUCAAGUCGAGCAGAACACUCCUCGCUGGGAGACCGACCAACGCGAUGCCUUUGCCAAGGUCAUGGAUGAAUUCCAUCAAUACGAUAACGUAGCUGGCUUUUUCAUCGGCAAUGAGGCCAUCACCACUGCAAAUGGCUCGGUCACUGCCCCUUACAUCAAAGCCGCCGCCCGAGACAUGAAGGCCUAUCGUGACAAAAAGGGCUACCGUAGCAUUCCCAUUGGCUACUCAGCUGCCGACAUCGCAUCCCUCCGACCUAUGCUUCAAAACUACUUGGCUUGUGGUAGCAAUGCGUCCGAGCGCUUAGACUUCUUCAGUCUGAAUGCUUACUCUUGGUGCGGAGAUAGUACCUACCAACAGUCUGGUUACGACCAGUUGGAGAAGAACUCUGAGGACCUCCACAUCCCCAUCUUCAUGUCAGAAACCGGUUGCAACACGGUGAAACCACGCGACUUCAAGGACCAGGAAGCGCUUUUUGGAGAGAUGUCCGAUGUCUGGUCUGGUAGUAUCAUCUACGAAUGGAUUGAGGAACAGAACAACUACGGGCUCAUCAGCUAUGGUCCCCACGUCGACCCUGCCAGCCCUUCUGCACCACCGGAUGGUUUCCCUCGCUCAGGAACGCCUACCCCAGUUGAACCUGACUUCCCCAAUCUCUCCGCUGUGUGGGCAACCUUGAACCCUACGGGCGUCAAGGCUUCGGACUACAACCCGACAAACUCGCCCGUUGCAUGCCCAGACUAUACGGCAUCGGCCUGGGAAGUUAUUCCCACGUCACCGCUCCCCACAUUGGGCCAGAAACAUGACUUCAGCGGGUCGCCUACAUCUGCAGGCUCCAGCGCAACGGCGACUGGAGGUUCCGGUUCCGCAGGAUCUGGAUCUGGUGGAGCGGAGACAUCUGCAUCUCCCUCCACUGGUGCUGCGACGAACGGUCUGGGCAAGGAGCUCAAGGGGAUGGGUGCUUUCUUCACGGGUGCUAUGGCCGUCUUUGCCUGGCUCUGA